AAAAAAUAUAUAAUCAAAGAUUGGUUUUAUGUUUUGAAUUGAAACGAUAGUUCUUCUCUAGGAACAAAUCAUAUUUCCGAUAAAACAAUCAGUUCUCGCGCGAAACAAAACCGGAAAUUAGUCGAGAAUUAAGAUGGAAGAAUCGAAAGAACCGCUCGCGUUGAGGGAGAAGAGCGUGGUUUUGUCCUUGAACACAGCUGCUAUGAGCCAAGACAGGGACAGUGGGUAUUCAGAUACUUCGUCGACGACUCCCGUAGAUCAUCUCUCGGACGCUACUAAGUUUGAAUGCGCCCGCGAUUCCAAUAACCACAAUAUAGAUGAUUCGUCGAUCAAAACGGUGAACGAAGUUGUCCUGGCAAACAAAACUCCCGUCAAAUUUGAAAUAAGAAACGCUUACCAACCGGAAAUCCUCUCCCUGUGUCAUUGGAGGCACGACGAAUUCGGUUACAGGGCUCAUUGGGACUACCUAAUGGAUCUUUACAAUUGCUACCCAUCGGGGUGGAUAGUGGCUAUCGACGAAAAGGGGUCUAUUAUAGGUUCGAUUUUCGGAAUGAAUAUAAGCGAUAAACUUGCUUUUGGAGGAGUGUUCGCCGUUAAAAAGCCUUACAGAUGUCAAGGAAUAGGUGGCCAACUGUGGAAGGUUAGGCUCAAUCAUAUCGGCGCUAGAAAUUUCUGUGUCAACGCGGUGGCUUCCAGGGUAGAACCCAACCAAAGACUCGGUAUGAAAGUGGGUUUUAGAUUGGCCAGGUACUAUGGCUUGGUUAAUUCCAGGAUCAUUGAGGUUGCAACAUCCAUAUUAUCUAUCCCAUACCUUAAUCAAGUUAAGUCUUGCAACCAAAAUCCGUUACGAUUAUUAAAAUUAGAAAAAGAAAAUAAUAUCUCAAUCAUAAAUCAUCUUCCUCGAGCUUCUACUCUGAGUCACGAAGAAGAAAGAAAAGCAGACACAAGUUUCUUUCCCUCAGUAGUAACUCCUUUAACUAUUCCUGAUGCUCCUCCCUUAUAUCCUCCAAAGUUGCAAGAAGAGGAUGCAGAAACCAUAAAAGAUCCGGACUAUUUUGAUCUCCUGAAACUAAUGAUAGAUUACGACACCGUCAUACAUACAUCCUCCCGCGAGGGAUUUAUUAGAGAAGCGGUAUCCCAUUAUGAACACACUACAACCAUCAUAGCUCUUACUACUAAUCCGCUAGACGGUUCACAUCAGAUAGUUGGCUACGGUAUGUUGAGACCGCGUUAUGUAGGAUAUACGAUAGGACCCCUGUACGCCGACUCGAGCGAUAUAGCCAGAUGCAUAUUCGUGGCACUGCUAAAUAAGAUUUCGACUCAAGAACCUGUCUUAAUAGAUACAACCAUAAUCGAAGAAGAUACGGAAGCUAAGAAUGAUUCUGGUAAUGGCUUAUCCUUGCCUAACGAAUUUAGGAAGAGAAUAGUCAAAAAUGUGCUUAAUAACUUGGGGCUCAGAAGAGAAUGCUUCCUCUAUCGAAUGUACACUAAGGAAAACGUCGAUCUGCCAUUACACAAAACUUACGCCGUUACCAGUUCCGAAGCCUUUUUGUUAUAA